AUGGGUUUCUUAUAUUCUCAACUGCUGGUCCGUCCUGCCUAUCCAACUCGGUCUUUCGACGGCCAAGUCGUACUCAUCACCGGUGCCAACGUCGGCCUUGGCCUCGAAGCUGCGCGACAUGUUGUACGAUUAGGGGCGGCCCGCGUCAUACUCGGUGUGCGCAAUGUGGCUGCGGGCAAGGAUGCGAAAGAGGAGAUCGAGAACUCUACCGGACGACCCGGGGUUUGUGAAGUCUGGGAGGUCGAUCUUGCCUCUCACAGUUCGACGCUCGCCUUUGGGGAUCGUGUUGCCCAACUGCCUCGACUAGAUGCUGCCAUAUUGAACGCGGCUCUGGCCACCUGGAACUUCCAGCUUGCCGAGGGUUACGAACGCUCAAUCACGGUCAACGUCAUCAACACAUUGUUACUUGGCUUGCUCAUCCUCCCUCGGCUGAAGGCAACAGGGAGAGAGAUUCCUUCUAACCAGCCACGUUUGAGCUUUGUAGUCAGUGAGGUUCAUGCAUGGGUCGACUUUCAAGAAUGGAAAUCAUCUGACAAACCCAUGUCUGUUCUCUCGGACCAAGAAAAGGCUAGAAUGGGAGAGCGUUAUCAGCUGUCUAAGUUGCUCGAGGUUCUGCUUGUCCAGGAGCUGGCUGGGCGAGUUCGUGGCUCCGACGUGGUUGUCAACAUGGUGAACCCAGGCCUCUGCCAUUCAGCGUUAGGCCGCGAGGCAGGAUGGCAGCUUUAUCUGCUGAAACUUGUCCUUGCACGGUCGACCGAGUUGGGCUCUCGUGCCCUUGUUGCUGGUAUCUCCACCGGUAUCGAAGGGCAUGGCACCUAUAUGACGGACGGACACACGGACAACACCAGUCUUUCAGCAUUUGUCCGCAGCGACGAAUCCCCUCGAGCUCGCAAUAUUCUCUGGACGGAACUUUCAACGAUCCUGGAGCCAAUUAGGCCAGGAAUCAUGCAAAAUAUUUGA